GGCGACCCUAAAUAUGCUGGCAACGCUGAUACCCCUGUAACCUGAACGUCGCCGACCCCAAAGAACAUCAUUCCUCAUCAUACCCCACAAAAUGAAGCCCGAGCAAAAGUUUAAUGAGCUAUUGCGAGUAGUUAGCUACAACUAUAAGAAUAAAGAACAACCACCACGUUGAGGAGAAAAACUUCAAUCUACAAAGACCAGAUCAGUACUUGAUACAUCAGCCCACAACACCCUCAAUUAUCUCAAAAUGUGUAGACCAGCAGACUGUCCAACCUGUCAGAAGGAAACCUGGCUCGGCUGCGGUCAACAUUUGCCUUCCGUCUUCUCUUCGAUCCCUGCCGAUGAACAAUGUACCUGCAUACCUAAAUUUGAGAAAGACGGGGUCCAAUAUCCGCCGAAAGUUGGUACCGGAACAGCACAGGAUGCCGGGGAGGAGGGUGAUAUUGUCAUACACGAUUUGAAGCGAGAUACAUGACUGGCCGAUCUGCUAAAGAUAGCCAUGCCAGUUGGCUUGGGGGCUGUGGCUUGGAUUUUGUGGUCAUAAACAUUUUGGGGAUAGUAGGCUGGGUGGUGUUAACGUUUGGUGUCAAUCUUUGCAGGGUCCGAAAGUAGGGCGUAGUAGAUAUCGGUAUGUAAAGAACUAGUUAGGUAUAUUUGAGAAUAUUUACCUUCCAAGGGGUUGAUAUAGACCCCUCUGGAUCACAAUACAUGUGCUAGGCGGGCUCGGCCCUCCUGAAUGUAUUUUUUUACCCAUAUAUCUUUUUA